UACCCGAUCCGGCAUCACGGCAUCGACGGACGUUCGAUGUAGAAGCAUGAAAGCGAGUGAGAAAUGAGGAAGCGAGCGCCGAGGGCAGACACUGGGCGAGGAAGAAGGCUGGUGGAAUCUGAACCAACUCUUCCUGCCAAGGUAGGCCAUGGCGGACAGAGAGAGGGGGCUUCGAAACGGCGAGCGGAGCGGCCUCCUCUUUCUCAUUCCUGUCUCCGAGACGCAAUCUGCUCUUUGGGGCUUUGAUUUCCUCCUCUCCCCGUGUUGGUGGAGAGAAAGAGGUGGGUCUAGGGUAAAAAGGCUCUCCGCGGUCUUUCCCGUGUUCGUGCUUAUUUGCAUCUUUCAUUUUGCUACCCCUGACGUUGUGUAGAAGAAAGAGAGGACCUUUGUCGGUAGUUUUGCCUUUUCACGUGGAUUAUCAGGUAUUGACGGCCUUCUUGUGUAUCAUCUGAUUUUUACUGCUCCCUUAGCGAUUAAUCCAUUAUCCUGUUGCUUUCCACUUGCUGUUUCCUCCCGAUGCCGGUACCAGUUUGAUCCUUUUUUGAGUCAUUUACCCCUUUUCUCUGCUGCCAGAGAAAUUUGCAAAACUUCAUCUUCAUGUCUGUUAUGACCUCGCGAGCUGUUUCCCCCCUUUUCUUUUGGUUAAAAAUGGAACUUUUGUGUAAAGUCGUUUGCUUGAAACUGAAAGUCGGUAUUCCGUUUCUGUCUGUUCUUGUUUCUUUCCCCCUAUCCAUGUAAGAUUUCCGCCUCUAUUGGAUUAUUUCUCCGAAAGGGCUUUCCUUUUUGCAGGUUCAACUACGGGGAAUAAAGGAGUGAUUGAGAAGGAAAAAUUCGCCCAAGAGAAAAAAAGGUGGAAAUGGGGAGAAAAUGGGAGUGGUUUAGUUCUGUCAGGCGAGCUUUCAUCCCCUACUGCUGUCGAGGAGACCUCAAAGAUAAUCUUGUUAGUUCCAAGGUUUCCGAUUCAUUCAAUACAACAGAAGUGGAAACCACUGUUGUGGAUUCUGCUCAUCCAUCGGUUGCUGCUCCAAUUCAGAAAGCUAAUAUGAUAGCGAAGGAGGAAGAAGAGAGCAAGCAUGCCUACUCAAUGGCGCUUACUAGUGCUGUGGCUUUAGAGGCUGCAGCUGUCGCCGUUCAAGCUGCAACCGAGGUUCCUCGCCUGGCUACCUCUGCAAGUAGGCACACAGGCGAAUCAAGAAAAGAGAUCGCAGUGCUCAGGAUCCAGAAUGCUUAUCGACGAUACAAGGCAAGAAAAAGAUUGGGAAGUUUAAGAGGACUGGUUAGGAUGAAGAGAGUUCUUGACGCAAAUACUGUCAAGUUUCAAACAACAAAAUCAUUGCAGUGCAUGCAGACGAUGGCUAGAGUGCAGGCACAAAUACAUUCACAGAGGGUCAGAAUGGCAGAGGAAAACCAAGCUCUCCAGAUGCAUUUGCAGCAGAAAUGUGAAAAUGAAUUAGAGAAAUUUAAGAUUGUUGAGGACUGGGAUAGCAGUCUUCUAUCCAAAGAGAAAAUCGAAGAAAAUCUACUGAACAAACAAGAAGCUGCUAUAAAAAGGGAAAGAACAUUAGCUUAUGCAUAUACACAUCAGUGGAGGAAUUCUACCAGAUCCUUAACUCAAGCACUGACAGACCCGAGCGAUCCGCAAUGGGGUUGGAGCUGGUUGGGACGCUCGAUGGCAGCAAGGCCAUGGGAUCACCAAAGCACAGUCAUACCCGCCACAACAAAACAACCUGACACCAACUUUGAAUCGACACCAGCAGCAGCUCAGAAGUCGGCCCGGCCUCCGGCAGCACCACGCACCAGCACACCAUCUACAGCAAUCAAGGAGAAAUCAGAGAGCCUAGUAGGUGCCUCUUUUAAGAAAGGAUCACUUUCCUCGUCAGAGAAAUGACUAUCUCUUCCUUCAGCUAGCAAUAGCAGUACUACGACUGCCACAAACGUUAGGCGCCAUUCAGGGCCGCCAACGGUAGAUGUAACUACCAGCAGCAGCGAGGAACAAGAAGCAAACAGUUGCGUGAGCGUAUAGCCUUAUAUAGAGGCAGUUGAGGGGCCUUUGUUGGGUCGUUCUCAGCCUGAUUUGCCGCCAAUUUGAAGUCUGGAUUUGUAGCAGCCGUGUUUGUUGUGCUGCAGCGGUUGGCCAUGGAUUAUGAUUCCAUUUUAGAAUUUCUGAAUGUUGCUUUUGAAUGUAAUCAAACCUUUGAUUUUGAGAAGAAAAAAACAAAACUAAAUAAAAAUUUGGCGAGCAAUUAAAA